GACACCGCAUGGCCCGACAUGGAUGACAAGGCACGCUCGGAGACGAUUCGCCAGCUCCGAUCGUAUCUAGACGAGCUCUAUCAACUCCGCCCUUCCGAACCUGGGUUGAUCGGGUCCGUAUCCGGGGGCCCGUCCUACGACCAUCGACUGAGCAACAUGCGCACCUGUGGGCCGUUUGCUUCCGUCGCCGAGUUUCACGAUUUUCUCGUCGCCCCCGUCCGGAACUGCCCACGCCCCGGAUGGGUCGCCAAGUAUCGGAGCCAGCUUCCUGAUACAUACAAUGUACGCUUCUCUCAUGCCGAUUUGUCUUGGGAAAACAUCUUGUUCAACGAUGCGACAGGCAGGAUUAUUAGCAUUGUGGACUGGGAGAUGGCAGGGUAUUGGCCGGGAUGGUGGGAGUACAGGAGAGCCUCGUUCGGCUCUCGGAGCGAGAUAUGGUGGAUUGAAAUCCUGAAGGAAAUAAAUGACGGAGUUUAUGAGAGAAACGGAUGUUGA